GAAAUAAUUACAAAAUAUCAAUCGGUUACUAUUCCGGAUCGUCAAAGUUUCCGGGAAAAAGAGGAAGAAAGAGAAGGAGAAGAAGAGAAAACGGAGACAGAAACAGAGGAAGAGAAUGGGGGCAUCGUCUUCGACGGAGCAAGUUUCGGUGGAGCAACGCGAGGCCGAAAGCUUAGCGGUUUCAAUUGGAGUUCUUCCUAUGCUUCAGAAAGCUUUCUCUGUGCUCGCCGAUCCACAAACAAAUACCAUUCCACUCCGCUCUCUUCAGCAAUGCUUUAGCUUGGUCUUUGAGAACCCAACAAGUGAAGCAACUGCAAUUCCACCAAACUUUCAGGGGUUGUUGAGUCAUCUAGGUUCUUCAAUAGUUGACCUAUUUUUCUUGGCUGACAAAGGAGGAGUCAGUUGGAUUGAGUUCUUGAAAGGUUAUGUAAAGUGCUGUGGUAGGAUGUCUGCUUCAACAUCAUUUAAUAUGUUAUUCAGAGUAUUUGCAAUGGCAGCUGUGAAGGCAGAUAUUUCUGCGAAGCUGCUGUUUGAAUCUGAUGAUUCUGACUGUAAGAUGAGUGGGUUUUUAACUCCCACUGAUGUACUCAUGCUUCUCUGGAUGUGUUAUGUAAUGUCGUUGAAUUCUAAAAUUUUGAAGUCUUUUGGAGGGAAAGGAGAUUAUAGUCUUCCGGAUUUAAGUCAUUUAGUACUGUCAGCUGUUUUAUUGUGUGCCGAAGUUGGCAAUGACUUGAAUCCAUGGGACUGUGAUAUCUUGAGCAUGGCUGUGCCACUUCCUGCAGGAAAGAUUCAUAUGUGGGCCUUGAAAACAGUCCCAAGCCUUCCUGAUUGCUUUACACAAUUUGUCCAUGGAAGAAUCCAGAAAACCAUUACACAAAAGAAUGAGUUGGAGCCAUCAUGCUUAUCAGGCCAUGAUCUUUCUGCAACAGCGGUAUGCAAUACUAAUCUUCUAACCCAAGGAAGGGCCUGGGCCAUUUCCCUUACUCUGAGAGGCACUUUAAGUGAAGAGAUUUUGAAAGCAUGCUUCCCCAGCUGCAGUGAUGGAACUAGUGAUAGCCUACUUUAUCGGUCAUCUUUUCAUGGGAAAGGUUUGAACCGGUUCUGGUCAAAUGUUGAAGGUUAUAAUGGUCCCAUGCUAAUUUUAGUUGCUGCUAGUUUGGGAGAUGUUCAUGACGGUGAUGGCAAUGUCAAGAAAUGGAUCCUUGGUGCACUUACUCAUCAAGCUUUUGAAAAUAAAGAUAUGUUCUAUGGAAGCUCUGGCAGUCUAUAUGCUAUAAGUCCAGUGUUUAAUGUGCUCUCAUCUUCUGGGAAGGAGAAGAACUUUGUGUAUAGCCACUUGCAUCCUACUGGUAGAGUGUACGACCCCCACCCAAAGCCUGUGGGAGUUGCAUUUGGAGGAUCUAUUAGGAAUGAGAGAAUUUUUAUAGAUGAAGAUUUUGCCAAAGUUACUGUUCGCCAUCAUGCAGCUGACAAAACUUACCAAUCUGGUUCCCUUUUCCCUAAUCAGGGGUUCUUACCAGUUGAAGCUUUGGUUUUGGAUGUGGAAGUAUGGGGGUUAGGGGGGAGAACUGCCAAGGAAAUGCAAAAUAAAUACAAGAAGAGAGAAGAACUUUUCACCGAACAGAGACGCAAGGUUGACUUGAAAACAUUUUCCAAUUGGGAAGAUUCACCUGAGAAGAUGAUGAUGGACAUGACCUCUAAUCCCAAUAGAGUUGAGCGGGAAGAUCGUUAAGCUGGAUCCUAUUUGAACAUGAAUGUGUGAAUGCUGUUGUACAUAACUACGAAAAGUCAUGACGCAAAUAUUUUAUUUCGUAAAUGUGGUUGUCUGCAUGUAAAAGACCCAAAGACUGCACAGCCAGGCUGCUUUGUGAAGGAUAUAGGAUAACAAAAGCUCCUUGUAGAGCGCGUCAGGUUGGGUUUGUUUUGCCAAUCAGGGAGCUAUCAUACCAACUUGGUAUGCAGAAUCUGAAUGUAGCUAUUGUGAUCUCACUCUCAGAGGCGUAAAUUGUUGCAGUAGCAAUACAGUAUUGGAUGUGAAAUUUGUAUAAUAAAUAAUUGUAUGGAAAAGCAUUUUGGUUUGUGGUGGGUUUUGAUAAUUUGGCUGGGGCUAUGGUUGUCAAGCCAGCCGCACCAAGGUAUUUUUUGUUGUGUAUGAUGUUGCAAUUAGCAGAUCCAGGCUAAUUUUUAGAGCUCUUGGAGGUCGAA